ACGUCGCCCGGCACUAGUUCUAAACAAAAUAUGGCGGACGUAGUGGCGGUUCCGAUCCUGCAAACCCAAACAAAACCGAUAAAAAUCGUAAAAUGGAAAGUGCGAAAGGGAAGCGCCUUUCCCGUGGGAAGGAUCCUGCUCAUUUAUCAAUUUGCCGACGAGGAAAAACCGGAACAGAAGAAAUUAAAGGCCACCGCGGCCGGAAUCGUGCACAAAAUUGUGGCGAAAGAGGGAAAAACCGUUCUGCCUGGGGAACCUCUUUUUGAAAUGAACUCCUGCAGCCAUCCCACAAUAAUGAACGACAUGUGUGCCGAAUGUGGUGAGGAUCUACGUAAAGACGAUGCGCCGCCAAAGUCUACAGCAUCAGUGCCAAUGAUUCAUGCCAUACCAGAGUUAAAAGUCAGCGAAGAGCAAGCCCAGAAACUGGGACAGGCCGACAACGAUCGUCUUAUCAAAGAUAGAAAACUGGUGUUGCUCGUUGAUUUAGAUCAGACCUUAAUUCAUACCACUAACGAUAACAUACCGCCAAAUAUUAAAGAUGUUUACCACUUUCAGCUGUAUGGCCCAAAAUCUCCCUGGUAUCACACGAGGUUAAGGCCCGGGACUCACAAAUUCCUUAGCUCAAUAUGUGAAUUCUAUGAGCUCCACAUUUGUACUUUCGGAGCCCGGAAUUAUGCCCAUAUGAUUGCCAUGUUUUUAGAUCCGGAAGGCAAGUUCUUUGGCAGUAGAAUCCUUAGCCGGGAUGAGUGUUUUGAUCCGACAAGCAAAAAAGCCAACUUAAGUGCCCUAUUUCCUUGUGGUGACGACAUGGUGUGCAUCAUAGACGACAGGGAAGACGUCUGGUCUCACGCCUUAAAUUUGAUCCACGUGAAGCCCUAUCACUUCUUUCAGCAUACGGGGGAUAUUAAUGCACCCCCUGGCCUUGAUAAGCACGAGGCGGAUGAUAAGGAGGGAGUGGAUUUGACUAAAAUUGUAAAAAACAACAAGACUCCUAAAGAAAAACCUUCUGAAGCAACCGAAGUGGACUCUAAAGAGGAUAAAGUAAACCCUAGUGAGAAAACUGAUGAGGAGAUGAAUGAAAAUGAGGUGGAAACAACUACAAAAAGUGAAGAAGCGGAAGAAAUGGUUAAAACGGACACUACUACUAAUGGGGAGUUAUCUAAAUCGGAAGAAGUAGAGUCCGAGGAGCACAAUGGAAAGUUGAAAGCGGCCGAAAAUGUGAAAAAACCCGCCACAGACGAUGGACUGAUUGAAAUCGAGGAUCCCGACGAUUAUCUCGUUUAUUUGGAGGAUGUUUUGAAGAGGAUCCACAGGGCGUAUUAUGAGAUGUACGACAAGAUGGAGGCCGGCAAGAUUCCCGACUUAAAAAAGGUUAUUCCAAACGUCAAAUGUAAAGUGCUAAAAGGCACCAAACUGGUGUUCAGCGGCCUGGUACCAACCCACUACAAACUGGAACAAUCGAAAGCGUAUCAAGUGGCCCGCAGCCUCGGGGCGGAGGUACAAAACGACCUGGACGACGACACCACCCAUUUGGUGGCGGUACGUCCGGGUACCGCCAAAGUGAACGCGGGCAGACGCAGGAAAAACUUGAAAAUCGUCACGCCCGAUUGGUUGUGGUGUUGCGCGGAACGAUGGGAGCACGCGGACGAACGGAUUUUCCCGUUGAACUCGAAAGGGUCGAAGAACCGACACCCGCCGCCCCACUGCAGUAGUCCGGAACACGUCCCGGAUUAUCCGGAGGAACACGAGACGCCCGGAAUGCGGAAGCGACGUACUCCCAGCGGACGGUUUAUGGACACGAUCAAUCCGUUGAUGUCGUUUAGUACCGCGGAUAUUGCCGAUAUGGAUAAAGAGGUCGAAGAUAUUUUAGAAGAUGACGAAUCGGACGAAGAUACGGAAAACGAGCAGGCACGCGCGCCUCCGGGUAAUAAUGAGGAGGAAGAGGAGGAAAACGAUACGGACAUGGAGGAAGUGAAUUUUAAGCAUAUGAUCGAAACGGAAAUACUGGGGAAGUAUAAUACGCAGGAGGAUGACGAACGGGAGUCAACCAACAAGGACGAGGAUAUUGAGGAAGAGGUUCCGAAAGCAGAAGAGGAGGAAGUUGCAGACCGAACCGAGUGUCAAUCCAUACGUAUUCAACGGAAAAAGCCGCGAAUUUCGAAAAAACGCAAACGUCUCCCCCUGGACGCCGAAGGGGACAACAGCCAAGAAGAAGAGUUUCCCAGCGAGAAGUUCCGUAGGGGCGAAGACUGUUCGGACGAACUGGAUAAUCCGGAUCGGGACUCCGAUGACGUAGACAGCAGCAGUUUCUCGGCCCCGCCCUCUUCCGACGAGGAGGAGUGGAACAUGAUGGGGGCGGAGCUUGAGAGGGAGUUUUUGUUAGAUUAAUUCGGAGUGAGGGAUAUCAGGGGAGACAGUCUUUAAAAAAAAAUUACAGUACAAAUAAAACUGUACAAUCUUAGUUAUUGUUGUUACUGAAAGGAAUUAAAGCUGUACAAAUGUUUGUUAAUCCAAUUUUUUUUUAUUGUCGAAGAGUUUUAUAUAAUGCAAUGUGUCACCUUUUUUUUUUUUAAUUGAGUAAAAGUGUUUAUAGUCUAUUUAAUUGAAAAUUAACCGUUAUGUGAUAUAUUUUUGUAUGACUGGUAUGUUAUUAGACUGUUCUUAUUUCGAAAUUAAAAUAGUUCAAACGGU